AAGUUCUUUUUUUUCAAAUAAUUACAUUCCUCUGGAGUCUGGAUUCUCUUCUCUAUUUCCUUAUUUGCAAAGGAAACUGAGAAGAAAUAGAAGAGUUUUGAGAUCUAGUUUCCAAUUUCAUAUUUUUUGCAGGAUCAUGUUUCAUUCCCUGUCUCCUUGAUAUUGCUUUUGUUUUGAUUUAGCUAUAUAAUUUUGGUCUCCAGUUUUCACUGCUAGCUUGCUUCUACUCGUGCAGUUUUUUAAUUUCUUUUGUAUGAAAGUCUAAUUCAUUCAAGGAAAAUCGUAGUAUUUCUUAUCUGGGUUUCCAAAGAUAUUGGACACAGAGUUAUGGCAGUAGAAUUUGUUGGAGGGGCUCUUCUGGGUGCAGUGUUUGGAGAAGUAUUUGCGGUGUUGCGUGACAGUGUUAAGUAUUUUAGAAACAAAGGUCGUAAGUUCAACUCCACUCUUGAAAAACUCGAAUCCAAUCUAGAAAAUCUAGAACCAGUGGUGGAAGUGAUAAAACAAUUAAGUGAAGAACUUGAUGGCCGAAAAGAUGAAAUAGAGCGUUUGAUCGAUCAAAUGAAGAAGGCCAAUGAGUGCAUUCGCGAAUGCUUGAAGAUCAAACGGUGGCAGCGCGCUUUCAAAACUAAAUACGGGGGUGAACUUACUAAGUUAAACGAAGCAAUUGAGAGUUUCUGUAAGGUUGAUAUGCAAGUACACAUCAGGAGGGAUUUGUUAGAGCUUAAGAAAAUCUGCUUUGAGAAGAAAGCAAUUGGGGCUGGGGUGUUGUGUUCGGUUCCUCCACCUCCGAAAUUUAUCGUUGGGUUGGAUCAGCCAUUGAAGGAGUUGAAGACAAUGUUGUUGAAGGAGGGAAAGGAAGAGUCUCUGCUUCUAGUCACUGCUCCAGGAGGAUGUGGGAAGACAACACUGGUCAUAAAGCUUUCUCAGGAUAAGGAUAUAGAAGGUAAGAUGUUCACGCCGCCGCGGUGAGCCGAUGAGAAAGAGAGAAUGAAGAGAACGGAGCGG